AUGAUUGACACUCCCCCGCCCCAGCCCCUCAACUCGUACAACGUCGCCCAGCUGCAGUACGCGCUCAGCGAAGACGGCAAGACCCCCGGGAUCGACUCUUUGACUUCUGACGUCCACGUCGUCGACUACUUGUCCUUGUCGGCGUCUCCCGCCCUCGUGUCAGUCCACCCUCCGUUCACCCUUCCCCCGAUGUGCUCACCCCUCUACAGUCACGCACAGGAGCAGGAGCUGGACUACGCCUCGCGCCGCAUGUCAAGUUCUGCGACUUCGGACAGCAGCCUUCAGUCUCGUCCAGAGAAGCACGCUCUCUCGCCCUCCAACUCGCCUCUACCCAAGAAGGUACCUAUCUCCGCUCUUCCUCGAACCUCCGCUGACGCGCGCCACCAGCCAUCCCUCGAUCACGAAGAGCGCGCAGACAUUGACGGCGCCCGCGUCCAGCUCCCAUCAAUCGCCUCAGCCUUCCAGGAUCGCCCCGACCUCCGCCGCGCAUCUCUCCCCGCACUAUACCCCGACAACGCUAGCCGCGUCCGCCUUCCCCACCCCACCCACCGCCCCACCCAGUCUUCCGGCUUCGUAGACUACCAGUUCCCCACCCCGGACGACAAGUUCGCCACACGCCCUCGCCUCCCCGCCGACACCCAGCUCGGCCUCUACAACCCGGUCGGUGACUACGCGACCCUCCCCAGCACGCAGGUCCCCCAGUCGGGUAACACAUCCUUCGGCUUUCACCCGGGUGACUAUCCCCGUUCAUCUGGACUGCCAUCUUCGUACUCGUCCGAAUCGGACAGCUGGGCGUCUGGAAUCAUCCGUCCCAACUCGACGCCAAGCAACGUCGCCGGAGCGCCUGGAAGUGGCCUCAAAUACGACGAGACCCUACGCCACUCGUCCCUGGGCGGCCCCGUCUGUCAGCAGCAGCUCUACGGGGGUGUCACGCGCAUUUCCGGACAGCACGGCGGAGCAACUGACCGCGGCACUCGCCAGUCGGGCACCGUUAAGAACGAAAGCGAGCAGUGGAACUUCCCCAGCAACGACUUCAGCAUGGCCAGCCCCUCGUCGUACCCUCCUACCCCGUCGACGUCGGCUGCUGGCAUGGCACCGUCCUCGUCCGCACCCUCGAUCCCAGUCUCAUCGUCCCCGUCACGCUCGCCACAGACGCCUGCGUCCGCGUCAUCCACUCUCGUCGAGCGUCCGCCGCGAAAGCGGGGCAAGCUGCCGAAGCCCGUCACCGACUUCCUCAAGGACUGGUUGCACCGGCACUCGGAUCACCCCUAUCCUUCAGAGGAGGAGAAAAAGCAAUUGUGCAAUGCCACCGGGCUCAGUAUGAGUCAGGUGUCCAACUGGAUGAUCAAUGCACGUCGCCGCAUUCUUGCCCCUGCGCACCGCGCGGCAGCAGGCCCUACGACCACCACGCCCUUCUCGUCACGCCCUGGCGGCGCACAAGGCCCGUCCUCCGUACUCGACUCCGGGCGCCGCGCGUCGAUGCCCACCGACAGCCUGCAGCUCUAUUACCCCAUGUCGCUGCAGUCACUUGGCGACCCGCACCUGCCUUCGUCGACGCGCCAGAUGGUGAGCAUGACACGCAGCAUGAGCAGCAGCCACGCGACCGCGGGCAACCUCUCCGCCGCAGGGCACCACGGGCACGGCGGGUCGCCAUAUGCGCUCGACGCACCGUAUUCGGGUGCGCGCAUGGGCUACGGCAGCGGUGCGGGAGCUGGCGCAUCGCUACACCCGUCGGGCUCGGGGUACCUCGGCAUGGCGCUCAACGCGCCACCACCGCCGUCAUUCCUCGGUUCGCAGGCUCACGGCUCGAUGUAUGCGCAGGGCCAUGCGUCGCAAGGCGCAUACAUGCACAGCCCGCAGAGCGGCGGACGCAUGCUCACGCCGCAGGAUGACGCGCAGGGGCAGCCACAGUCGCGGUAUACGUUCCCGGACCAUUCGGCAUCGCCGCAGCCGGGCUCGAGCUCGGGGUACGCGACGCCGCAAUGA